GGUUCUACAAGAGAAACCCACGACCAAAAUUCUCUUUCCAUUAAGAAGGCUCGUGAUAUGGUGCAACAUUUUGCAACAUAAGCACCAAUGAAAGGUUCAGGAAUGCAGUGGUCAUUCUCAAGCAAGGUUUCUGCUAUACCUCCGUUCCUGUCUUUCAAGGCAUCUCAAGAUGACAGGUGUAGAAAGACUGCUCAUGAUCAUCUGCUGUCAUCUGGAUUUAUGGCUCUGUCAACAACCGAUGCUCAUGAAUCCAAUCAGAAACAAUAUUCUGGCAUGGUUCAGAAGAAUAUGGUGGUUGAAAAGCAAGGUGGGAAUCUCCAUGCUGUGAUGACGUAUGGUCUACAAAAAUUUGAUGCAUGUCCACCUGUACGUUCCCAGGAAGCAAGGAUAUUUCCAGUCUCCAACCAACCAAAUCAAUCAAUUAAUCUUUCAAUGAGCCCUCCUAUUGCCCAGGCACGUCUUGUUUCCACUGGACAGACUAUGGUGGGUAAUACCGGAAUUGCACAACCUCUUGGAGGUGUUCCAAUUAUGGCUGCCCCUCUGUCUGUUGUUCCUGCAUCAAGUUCUGUCAUUGGCACCACUGAUCUUAGGAGUACUCCCAAAACUUCCACAGAACCCUCUCAGUUAACCAUAUUCUAUGCUGGUUCAGUGUGUGUUUAUGAUGAUGUGUGUCCUGAAAAGGCUCAGGCUAUUAUGCUAUUGGCUGGAAAUGGGUGUUCUACAACUGGUAAUAAGAUGAUUCCCAUGGCUCAAGCACCAGCACCAAUCCCAUGCCCUGCUUCAGCUGAUGGUGUUGGGAAAAAAUUGCAAGCUACCUUAUCAUAUUCAAACCUUUCAAGCCCUAUAUCUACAACCCCUCAUGUUAAUUUGCAUCGAGGGGGAGGAUCUAAUAGCACAAAUGAACUAGCAACUGUAAAAUCAAUUGGAGCUUUAGCAUCUUCUGUUAGCCAAUUGGAGCCUCAUAAAGUUGUUACUUCUAUAGGAUCUGCAACUAAAACACUAAUUCCUGCUACUGCAGUAGGAUCAGCCACUACGACACUAAUUCCUCCUACUUCAGUAGGAUCUUCUACUACCACGCUAAUUCCUGCUACUUCAGUAGGAGCUGCUACUACCAGGCUAAUUCCAGCAGUGGCUGUGCCUCAGGCUCGUAAAGCAUCCUUGGCUCGAUUCUUAGAGAAGCGCAAAGAAAGGGCAAUGAAUUCAACACCAUAUAAUAAUGUCAGUGGGAAAUCUCCAGACUCUGGAACCCCUGGCUCUGAAGGUAUAAGUUUCUCCAUAACUUCUGCAGGAUCUAGUCCUCUCCAAGCGAUCCACUAGCACAUCUGACUUCCAAGGAUGUUUAAUGAGAGGACCAAAACCAGAACAGCAUUCUACUUUAGAUAUGUAAGGAGUCGUCAUCAGAAUGUAUUUUUAAGUUCAAUUCUUUCAAGUCUUUUUUUUUUCCCCCCUGUUUGUUAGAUAUAUGUUACAUUCCAAACAUGUAACUUAUUGUCACUUUUGUGUGUUGUAAUACAAGUAUUACAGCUCCCUUGCAAACACAAUUUUGUUCUGUACUAUGUAUUUGUAUCUUGUAGAAUUUGUUGUUCAAAUGAAACGGGCUUUUCUGU